AUGGCGCUGCUGGUGGACAUGCGUGCCUCCUCCAGGAAGGAUCAACUUCAAUCCUGCUCUGAGACACUAAAAGAGGGCUCACUCAGUGGGUCUCAGGUGGUGGACACUGGCAUCAUCUCUUGCGAGCAACCAGAGGAAGUCACACCCCGUCUACUUCUACCGAGUGCUGAAGAGGCUGAGAAUGAAGGGCAGGCUGUGACCAAGGAUGACAGUCAGGGUGAACGCAGUGCUCCAGCUCCCGAAUUUACCGCAACUCCUGCAGAGGUCGAAGGCUGGUCUGAAGGGUCUGAGCCGGUGCGGGAGCGCAGCCGCGCGGAGCUGAAGCGGCAUUCGGGAGUGCUGCCCCGCCGCGGGCCGGCUGGAGGAAGUAGCGCCGCGACCCGGCGCCAAGGACCCCAGCCCCGAGCGCAGAUCCCGGCCCUGAGCGCGGCCUCGCCCGCCCGGGCCGCCGGGCCGCGGGCAUGGACGGCGCCCGUUCGCCCUGUGAGUGCCGAGCCCGCCGCCUUUGUGUGCGCGCUGCGCCGCCGCAUCCCCCUCCCCGCGCGCCCCUCCUGCGCCCCAGGCAGCGUCCUUUGUGGAGCCGCCGCCGGCCUCCCUCGUGUCCCCCGGGACAGCCCAGCAGGGCUCCUCUCUGGCCCAGGCCUGAGCCGGGAACGGCUCCCUCCCACCCAGCCCGGCCUCCUGAUCCGGUCUGCAGAACCCCCACCCCACCCCCCGCCCCAGGCACAGCCCGAGAUGGACGACGAUGGCGGCCGCCGAGACGCCCCCGGCGCACUGAUGGAGGCCGGGCGCGGUGCGGGGCCCGCGGGCAUGGCGGAGCCGGCGGCGGUGCCGCGGGCGCGGGCGGCGCGGCCCGGGCCCCAGCGCUUCCUGCGACGCAGCGUGGUGGAUUCUGACCAGGAGGAGCCGCCGGGCCUGGAGGGGGCCGAGUCGCCGGGCGCGCAGCCUCCGCAGCCGCUGCAGCAAAGGGUGCUGCUACUCUGCAAGACGCGCCGCCUCAUCGCCGAGCGCGCCCGCGGUCGCCCCGCCGUCCCCGCGCCUGCCGCGCCGCUGGGCGACCUUGCCGACCCCGGUCUUGAGCCCGCGGGCGCUCAGGAGCCUGGCCCGGACCCCGCGCCCUCGCCCGCGCCUGCCCCCGAGGGCGGCCCCCGCGAGGAGGAGGCGGCGGCGGCCGCGAGGAAGGAGGACGUGGGGGCUCUCGAGGCGAGGCCAGAGUUCGGGCGCGCACCUUGGCCGCGGUUCCUUCAAGACGGUCUACAAGGGUCUGGACACGGAGACCUGGGUGGAGGUAGCCUGGUGCGAGCUGCAGCAUGGCCAGUGCUGGGAACGGAUGUGACCGUGAACCCCGGUGCCUCCUUGUCUACUUUCACGGCAGUGCCCUUCCCUCCACCCACUCCUGGCGCCCAGCACCGGCCACCCUGGCAGCAGCACCUGCCACGUCCCCUCACCCCAGCAUUCCCUCCUGGCAGCAGCCUGCUGCUGCCAGCUUUCCCCAGGACGCCUUUGGUGGCUAAUGGUGGCCGUGGCCCCAGUGCCCCUGGGGCUUGCAACCUCACUGUCCAAGUCAGGUCACAAGGGAGGACAGUGGAGGCCCCCCAGACUCAGACCUUUGUCGUUACUCAGGCCCCCCUCAACUGGAGCGCUCCAGGGGCCCUCAGCAGGAGUGCUGCAUGUCCUGCACCCGAAUUCAUAGCAACCCCUGUGAUGGGGACCGUUGUGACUGCUUCAGCUGUUGGAGUUAGUCAGGCUGGCAAGGGAGGCUGGACCCCAGGCUUUCCUCCUCAAGCUCCACCACCAGCUGCCCAGCUGGCCCCUAUCAUUCGCCCAGUGAACUCUGGGCCAUGGCCACAUGGCACUUCCAGGGAGGGCCGCCUGGCCACCAACCAGUCCAACGCCUCGCAGGAUGGCUCCUCUAACCCCCAGAGAGAGUACAGUAACUUCCUACGUUGGCAGCACAUCAAGCCCCUGGCCCGGAGACACUUUCACCUGAGUCCUGAUGCAGAAGCUUUUUCCUGCUUUCUCAUCCCAGUGCUUCGAUCCGUGGCCCGCCUGAAUCCCUACAUGCCGCUGGAGGAGGGACUGUGGAGGGCCGUGCAGGAAUGGCGGCGCUUGAGCAACCUUGACCGGAUGAUCUACUACGAGAGGGCGGAAAAGUUCAUGGAAUUUGCGGCCAAGGAGGAGACGCACAUUCAGCAUUUGCAGUGGAUGCAGUGCGCGCAGCACCUGCCUCCUCCAGCCCCACCGAAGCUGGAUCCUCGGGGGCCCCCAGCCCCGAAAGUGGGCCUUCAGCCAGGCACCCAGCUUCCCACUGGAGCUGAAGGCACAGCCUGUGCUCCCAGGAUGUCCGGCCCCAGGGCCCAGCCCUCGCACCCGAAGCCACACAGAUCCCAGUGGCCCCCGGAGCCCAAGGCGCCCAAGGAGAUUCCCCCUGAGACUGUGAGGGAGGAUGUGGACAGGAUGGAGGCGCUGGUGGGGCCCGUCCACUCAGCCACAGGCAAGUCACCUGCAGAAUGUGGAAAGGACGGAAAUGAGCUGAAGCAGGAAGAGGACGACACCUACUUGGACCCGUGUCUCUUGAGCUACACUGACGAGCUGCGUUCCCGGGAACACUCUGUCACCAAGGUGGAGGCAGUCAUUCAUCCUCGAUUCCCGGCAGAAUUGUUUUCCCCGGACCCACAGCUGGAUGUCUUGGCCCUUGCUGAGGAGCUGAAGCAGGAGGAAGGACUCACCCCUGAAGAACUGGUGCAGAAACGACUCCUGGCCUUGAAACAGGACGAGGGUGGGCCGGCAGCCGCGAGCCACAGUGCACCCGGAAUGGGCUCAAGUCCAUCUGAGUCCCACGCCGGCCAAGGUGCCCAGAGGCACGACCAAGACCGCCAUCGAGGGGUCAGUGAUGAAGCCUGCCCACCAGAGAUUGAUGUUGAGGCUCUUCAUAGGCCCAUCCGAACAGACACUGGCCCGUUCGUGCUCAGAGUCUUUGUUCCCUGUCGAGGACGUCAGGAGGUCUCUCCAUUCCGGGCCGGACGGCCCUCCCCUCCCCAGGGUCAAAGGCGCACUGGCCCUCUACUGGGACCCAGGGAUGCGUCUGUUCUCAGAGAGGCGUCUCCUGUUCCGGAGGCCCGAGGGCCCAGGGACGCGUCCAGUGAGAACGAGGAGGCGCUCCCCAGCCUGGCCUCCCUCUUGGCCUCUCCGCAGAGCCUGCCGCCUUGCGGGCUGUCCCAGAGUCCUGCCCCUGCCUCAGGCCUGGCCUCCCCUGGAGGUUGGGGGGCCCAGAGUGCUCCCCAGGCCCCCUCCCCUCAGAGAAGAGGCCCCAGCCCAGCUCCACCAGCCGCUCCCAAGUCGAGGAAGCGGGCUCUGUGUGGGCGCCCAGCCGCUGCUGAGAAGCUGCCCAUCCCCGGGGCUGGCCACGGGGUCUCUGCGAGGCCAGCCUUGGCUCUGGGGCUGGCUCGCCCCUCACAGCCGAGAAAGAGAAAGCGUGACCCGUUUGUCACAGGGAAGAGGAGGAAGAAGAGGAAGCACUGCAGCCAGUAGGGAACAGCCGGGCCGGCCCUCCAGGGCGAGCCCCCAGGGCGGCCCCCAGGGGAGCCUAGGGGCUCCUCCUCACCCCAGAGCUGAUCCUGGGAUUGUGGGGGG